CGAUCUAUCAACUUGCCCGAAUCAAAAUGACUAUAUGUAUGAAGACACGAACAAGGGAACGGCGACUACCUACCGUUCCUCCAACCGCAUUGAAGUUCAUUUUAUUGUCGGCCGCCGGCGGAGUUGUGGAAUGUGCCGUAUAUGAUACCUCGGGGCAAAAACAGAGAUCCCGUCCCCAAUAUCGUCCGUUGAGUUCCUGCAAUACGCAUGAAAUCUCCGUAGUUCAUUCGUUCGGCGCGGGUCGGAAGAUCAUAUAUAUCGUGGCUCCAGGAUUCAAGGCCUAUCCUGUAGGCUGUAGCCACUUGGCCACUCUCGUCCGCAUCUCCCCCAGCAACGGCGUCGAGUACCUGAAGAUCCACCAGGAGCAGCAGAUAUGGCGACUUUUUGCGGCGGUAUGUUCUCUGUGUACGGUUGACCGUUGUACCUGAGAUUCUAUACCCGGACCGCACGCCUGGUAUGAGAAACCGGGCUGGAGUCUGGACGAUAUCAUCGCCGGCUGGGUGGCACUCACACCUAGCU